AUGUUAGAGCACUUCAAAGGGAAGAUCGCCGCCCUCCAUCCCGACAUCAUCCAAUCCCACAUCCUCAACCGCCUCGACGGCCCCACCCUCGCCUCCACCAGCUGCGCCUCCUCCCAGCUCCUCUCCCUCUCCUCCGACGACCUCCUCUGGCGCCACAUCUGCAACUCCACCUGGCCCUCCACCGCCCACCCCGCCGUCCGCGCCGCCAUCUCCUCCUUCCCCUCCGCCCACCGCUCCUUCUACUCCGACUCCUUCCCCUCCGUCUCCUCCACGCGCCGCCGCCGCGCCCCCCACGCGCCGCCGACGCAGCUACUGAUCUCCGCGGUGGACGUCUACUGCGACGACAGAUUGAUCUACUCGAAGGUGAAGGAGACCGACACCCUCUCGGGGUGGUUCCAGAGCUCCCCCUUCCGGAUCGACCUCGUCGACCCCAAGGAGGCCGUGAACGCGCCGCUCAAGUUCGACGGCGCGUGCAUGGAACUCGCGAGGGCGCGUCUGAGGGUGAGCUGGAUCCUGAUCGACGCGCGGAAGAGGCGCGCGGUCAACAUCGCGAGCGCCGCCGCGGUGGAGGCGCGGCGCCACUGGCUCACCGAGGACAUCCAGCUGCGCUACGCCACCGUCGUCGACGCCGGCGACGGGGAGCCGGUGCAGUGCGCGGCGGUGCUCACCUGCGGCGGGAAGGACGGCGGCGAGCUCCAAAUUAGAGAGAUAAGUAUGCAAAUCGAAGACAUGGAGGGGAAAAUCCUCACCGGAGCCGACAGUUUGGGGGUAAUUGACGCCGCCAUGGACGGCCGGAGAAUGAGGAAUGAGGUGAAGGCGCAGAGGGAGGCGUUCGAGAUGUUUUUGAGGAUGAAGAUACAGUCUAGAGAGAGAAAGCAGAGGAGAGAGAGGAGCUUGGACAUGGUCUGCAUAGCCGCCGGAGUUGCUAUUUUUGUCAAAAUUGGAAUGCUUUGA